CGUGCCGCGGUGCCGCUGCCGGCUGUCGGGGCGCUCCGCGGUGCUCCGGGAGCCCUUCCCGGCCCUCGGCCCCUCUCGCCGGGUCCUGAGGCUGCGCGUGGAGGCUUGCGCUUCAGAGUCCUUCUUCCCUGACUGAUCUGAAGGUUGUCAUACGACGCCCUGAAUCAGAGCACGGACCAGGUCGCAAAGAGCAGCAUGCAGAUAAGAGAAUCUCUUCAGCAGAUUCUGUGCUUUUCAGGCUGAUUUUGUGCUGUAUGUUGAUUCUUGUAAGCGUUACUUUGAUGCAGCUCACUUAGCAGAGUUGAAGAUCUGUUGUUACUUUGUGCUGAGCUGCAGGAGCGUGGCACGAAGUUUUCAGAGGAGCAUCCUGACAGUGAUACAGGAUGGAAGUCGUGUGCCAGAAGAGAGCUGAGUUUAAGACUGCUUGGAAAUAUUGCCUGCUUUAACCAGGGAAAAGAAACGGAGUGCCAGAUCACUGAACGGCAAAGCUGCUUCUUACAGAGUCACUGUAUUCACUCUGCUCUGAAAUCUGAAACUUUUUUUUAAACUAAAUUAGAAAUGGUAAAAAGCAGUAGAGAUAAGUCCUAGGCACUGGAAUGGACCGAAGAGUCUGAGGGAGAGUUAUGUAUGCUUGCCAUCACCCAGGCACAACUUUGAAUUGUCUGCAUCGCGGAGCAGUGUCAGGUCCUUGCAGGAGCUCUGGUUACAUCAGAGAUGCACUGCAGAAUUCAAAAUGCUGCAGAGGACACAGGAGAGGGAGAGAACAGAACUUGAGGUGGAAUUCUAGGAUGUUACUUAUGAUUUCUAUUUCCUUACUUCAGAAGAGCAUCUUUAAUAAUUCUUUCCUCGCUGUCUAGGAGUCUGGCACCCUUCCUGACUUUCUGCUGAAAGAGAGGGCAUCAUCCAAUUUUUUCACCAGACAUAAUGGAUAAGAAUAUCAUCUUGAGCGAGAGAGAUUUUUGAGAAGAUGUUACAUCUUGAUUCACACACCCCGCUCCAUUUCAGUCACCAGGAGCCCUUGCUGGGGGCAGUUCUGGAAGUCAGAACUGUGAUUGGGGUUGUGUGACGUGGUAAGAGUCAGCUCUUGCCCCACUGAGCUGUAAAUAAAGUACAGCAGAAGGAAAGAAGCUCAGAGAAGUGAUUUAUCCAGGAGGAGCAUGUCUGAUAGGCGAGGCAGCUGGAAGGAAGAGCUGGGAUUCACAAACUCCCAAGCAUUCAGAAGGUGGAAUGCUAUCUCAGGAGGCAGGGCUGUAUCUCCGGGCCCUGCUUUACCAAAGCAGUUUUAUCUAAAGAUUUUACUAUUGUAGCACAACCUUGAAGUUCCUUGUUUAAUUGUUAAUGUUGGGAAAAUUGUCACUAUAGGGUAAUGUGUUUUUCUGACCUUAUAUUAGUGUGUUGUCUUUAAUUCUCAAUGUAUCUCCUACAGCUAACCCAAAGUCAUCAGCCUGCAGAAUAUGAAUAAGGCAGUUUGAGCAUUUUUCAAGCUCAUAAGCAAAAAAAAAAAAAAAAAAAAAAAACAAACACACACAAAGAAAACAACAACAGAAAAAAACCACAACCCUUUCAAGUGUCAGAUCUGUCUCUUCUUAAAGGAGCGCUGAUCAUCAUCACAUAGAAGUGCCUUCGGAAGGAAGACAAGAAGCAUACAAAGAAAUGUGUGGCUUUAUUUAUCUCUGUGAUCCCUUUAAUCAGACCAUAUAUGGGCUCUUAUUUCCUUCUUCUCUCUUAGGUAUAAAGCUUGGUGUCUUGGAGGUAAAAGAACCACAUAAAUAACACAGGUGCAGCAUCAAAUACUGUAGCUGCCUGCGUGGCUUCUGGGGGCUUCCAGUUCUGGUCAUGAAAGGAGGAGGAGCCACCUCCUAUAACAGCAGUCAUUCAGUGCCUUGCACAGGGGAUUAAUUAGCCCAGUUUAUUGUCUCAUGCACGUCAAGAAGCUGGAAGCAAAGAAAGAAGUAAUUUUUUCCUUGCUCUGUUGUUUCACAGUUGAUGCCUCAGGGUUGCAGUGUGUGACUGACAUGCACGAACAUUUACAUCUCUCUCUGCCCAUUUCUUCCCAUUGUGUCAACAAUGGAUGUGGUAGGAAAUCAAACCACUCACAGAGAUGCGCUGCCUCUUCGUUUUUCCUGGCUGAGAUUCAGAGGACAAGUUGCUGCUAACCAAUAUCAUCUGGUAUUACAGAAGGGAAACCUGUUAACUUAGCUCUCAUUUACCCACAGUCUUCCAUUAAUCAUAAUCUUAAUUCUCUUGAGGCAAGCCCUGCGUAGACAUAGCUGAGGCAGAGGGAACAAACCUUGUUCCUAAACAAGAUGGCUGUCUCUCUUGAGGAGAAGGCUAUGUCAGGUAGUCCCAUUUUUCCCGCAUCAAACCUAUGGCCUGAACUCCUGGCGGCAUUCCUUCUACAGAUGGGAUCCUGGCAGUGCUUUGGUAGGAAACAGCUCUUAGGCCAUUAGGAGAGCUUCGUGUGAUGGGACAGCAUCAGGGUAAUUACCAGGCCAGCUGUUCCCUUCUCCCACUGUUCAGCGGGUGCUGCCUGAGCCUGCUGCCGUUCCUCUCAGAUCCGUUCGCUGAUCACAGUGCUGCAGCUUUUCCAGGGGGCAGUGGGCACAGUGCCACAGUAUGCUGUGAUGCUCACUGAUAAUCCCAGCAUUGGCCAGGAUUUCCUACAGUAUCACUUUUUAAUAUAGUUAUGGUUCAUGUUAACGUUUGUUUAGAAAGCAGGGCUUGCAGGUCAGCAGGCCUUUGCUUGGCCUUUUUUUGAGGCUAGAUGCAAGCUGCCAUUGAUGGGAAAAUUAUUUGAGUGCAGCCUGUGGGGUUUCGUCAGUUCUGCACUCUCCCAAAGGAGUUUUAGGAUUGCCCAUUCCCUGCCAUGGGGAUUAUUUCCAGACCCAUAACUCUGAAGCAAAGGCAGAGCUACUCAGCACAAGCACAGGUAGGAGGCACCGAAGCCAAGCAUGGUUUAGGUUUUUGCACAGAGCGUGGUAACUCUCCAAAGAGCUGUUCUGGAAUCACCAGCUAUAGACUUACAGACGCUUUGGGGCAGUGACAGAGCCAACCCCUUUGCUUACCUCAGGCCAGGAAAUGUUCCACAGCUCUCGGGAGGUCUGAAUCACACUGUGCCCUUUCUUGCAUCGUCCCGUUGGCUUUGUCCUCCCACAGUCCCACCACAGGCCUUAGAGGUAUGUAACACCACUGAUGUGAGUUAUGAUCCUCAGCUUCUGAGAACAGUUCUGUGUUUAAGGAAGUUGCUCUAGCAGGGAUAUACAGCCCCAGAGGGCAAAACAAAGAGGAGAGGACACAACGAAUAGCAAAGGGAUGUGAAGUUAUCUUCCAAGAUGACUCUUCUACCUGGAGAAAAUUCUGAUUAUGACUAUAGUGCCCUCAGCUGUGCUUCAGAUGCUUCCUUCAACCACGCAUUCUUCCCCGAAACAGAAAGCCUCAAGGGCGUCUUCUACCAAAGAGCCAAGCUAAUUCACCCUGAAGAGGAUCUCCUGAAAGGCUUUCACCCUGACGACCGGAAGCAUCAUAUCAUCAUAAAUGUGGGGGGCAUUAAGUAUUUGCUCCCGUGGACCACGCUUGAUGAAUUCCCAUUGACACGCUUGGGACAACUAAAAUUCUGCAACAAUUUUGAUGACAUCCUAAACAUCUGUGAUGAUUACGAUGUGACGUGCAAUGAGUUCUUUUUUGACCGCAACCCAGGAGCGUUCAGGACAAUCCUGACCUUUUUGAGGGUUGGAAAGCUUCGGCUCCUGCGUGAGAUGUGUGCGCUGUCUUUUCAAGAAGAGCUGCUCUAUUGGGGAAUUGAGGAAGACAACUUGGAUUGGUGCUGUAAGAGGAGGUAUCUGCAAAAAAUGGAGGAGUUUACAGAAAUAAAUGAACGGGAGGAUGACCUUAUAGAAAAUGAAACAACAGGUGAAACAGUAGAGGAAACAAAAGUUGGCUUGUGCAUGAAAAAGUUGCAGGACAUGGUAGAACGACCCCAGUCUGGCCUCCCUGGGAAGGUGUUUGCUUGUUUGUCUGUUUUAUUUGUAACUAUUACAGCAGUGAAUUUGUCCAUCAGCACCAUGCCUGACCUGAGGGAGGAGGAGGAUAAGGGUGAGUGUUCCCAGAUGUGCUACAAUAUUUUCAUUGUGGAGUCUGUCUGUGUGGCGUGGUUUUCACUGGAGUUCCUGCUGAGAUUCAUCCAGGCAAAGAGCAAGUUUGCAUUUUUGAGGAGGCCGUUAACUCUGAUCGACAUAAUAGCUAUUUUGCCGUAUUACAUCACCUUGCUGGUAGACACCACUUCGGUGGGCUACAAGAAGCCCAGCUCUGGGAGCAUCUACCUGGACAAAGUCGGUCUGGUCCUCCGAAUACUCCGUGCCUUGAGGAUUCUGUACGUCAUGCGGCUGGCCAGGCACUCCCUGGGGCUGCAGACGCUGGGGCUGACCGCCCGCCGGUGCACCCGGGAGUUCGGGCUCCUGCUGCUCUUCCUCUGCGUGGCCAUCGCACUGUUUGCACCGCUCCUGUACGUCAUUGAGAAUGAGAUGGCGGACUCACAGGAGUUCACCAGCAUCCCCGCGUGCUACUGGUGGGCUGUCAUCACCAUGACCACGGUAGGCUACGGAGAUAUGGUUCCCAGGAGCAUUCCCGGCCAAGUGGUGGCGCUGAGCAGCAUCCUGAGCGGCAUCCUCCUCAUGGCUUUCCCAGUCACUUCCAUCUUCCACACGUUCUCGCGCUCCUACAUUGAGCUGAAGCAGGAACAGGAAAGAAUCAUGUACAGGAGGGCACAGUUCUUAUUAAAAACAAAGUCUCAGAUAAGCAAUGCAUCACAAGGGAGUGAUAUUUUGUUCCCAAGUAUCUCUACUGACAACAGGGCAAUGAGUGACAUUUAAGUUACUGUUUUUCCUCAUGUUCAAUAACGUUUUGUUAUAUCAGAUUCCAUCUUUUACUUUGCUUUGGAAGCAUUUUACAGAGGUUACCCUCAUUUUGAAAGGAGGAAAAGGGGCUGUUAACCAGGAACUGAUGUGGUUUAAGAAGUCUCCAAUUAUGUUGUUUCUUCCCCCCAACCUUCCCAGUGUUACGCUCAGGAGAGGGCUUUCGCAGAGAUCACACAGUGGGUUUUUAGGGUUGAGAAGUUCUCUGACAAAAAUAACGUAUCAUUCUGUACUCAAGAGGAUGUUUUGUCUUUUGUACUGCACAUUUUUUCCAACUGAAUCACAAUGUAUAUAAUCAUUAAGCAGGCUGUCAUUUUUCUUGUAUAUAAAUAAUGUAAAUACAACAAAAUUAAUGGCUAAAUUCUCUCCCAGUAAAAUGCCUUAGAGCAUGAUCGAAAUAACCGCAGAGGUUUGUCCCACUGUGCUCUUAAGGAACAUAAAGUCAGAUUCGUCAUUCACAACAGCAGCCGUACAUUUCUUUGUAAGUCAGCCCUAAACAUGCCAGGAACAAAAAAAGAGCCGAGCUGUUUGUAUCAUAACCUCACUGAAGAUGCAGAUACUUAGAGCUCAUCAGCUCCAAAAUUUAAAUGAAGUUACAGUAUUGAUCCUGUGUCAUUGAAUGCAGGAUUCCAAGGAACAGUCUUUUGAGUUCUGUAGCGUUUAAUAUUAUCAAGGGGACACUAGCUGCAAAUGAAAUGAAAUAUGCAUGGUAAGAUGCCAGUCGUUCCCUACCAUCUGUUUCCAUGUUUUUACUUUACCUCAGAUAUGAAACAGAAUUAAGGGAGGCCUGUUUCCAGGGAACACCCUACCGUUGCUUGUCGAAUCAAUAUUGCAGCUACCCAUUCACAUUCAGCAUUGGGUUCUUUAGAGGGAGCAGAAAAUAUGUGGUCGUGGGAAGUUGCCAUUGAUGACAAAAAAAAGAAGAAAAUAUCAUUUGAGUCAUGGAGCGGGGGGUGCUGACAGCUUUAUCCUUUCCUGUCCUCAAUCCUGAGGGACUUAAGAGUUGAUUAACUAUACCUUUACCAGCAUUAAAGACAUCAUAGUAAUGGAGAAAACUUUGAAUAGGCUAUGGAAAUGCAGUUAAGGCCCUAAAGGACAACUGUAUGAUAUUUCUCCACACAGGUUCCCCACUGACAACUGGGGCAGUACCUGGGUCAGGGAGGAGCUCAGGUUUGGCACCUGCCCCUGUGCAGAGAAGUGCCAGGCCUCCCCUUUGUUGUGGAGGGAAUGAGACUGGUUUGCAGAACAACGCAGGAGAUGAACUCCAGAACUUAAAAAAAAAAAGGUAUGAAAUCCACGUUUGACUUCGUGUGUGCUCAGACCUAAAGAAGACAUAAACUCAUGAAUUACACUUUUUUUCCCCCCCAUUAACUGUUAGGAGGUAGGGAGAUUUGAAAGUUCCCAUCACAUUUACUAAUGCUUCUCUAUGCCAGUUUGCAGAAGCCCAUUGCUUACUGGCUUGGUUGAUGGGAGUGCCAGCAUGUAUGAUGGUUUGCUGUAUUUGAUGAGAGCCAAAAAACAUAGAAUUUGUUCCUCAGCCCAAGCUGGUUGGUCAAGCACUCCUUACACUGUUUUUUUUUUCAAGUAUCUUAAAUAAAAUUUGAAGGUGUUUUGCUACACUUAUUUUUAAGGAAUAAUUCCCAAACUUUAAAAAGUGCACUUUACAAAUAAUUAGGGCUCUAAAAAUCUGCUGCUGUAGAAAAAUGUGCCUAUGGAGCAUUCCUACAGAGAGCUAACACACCCAGCAUAAACUCUUGGCAAUUAAUUAUGUGCCAGAGCUAAGAACAUAACCAGCUUUUCACUCUUGUUCAGCUUUAAUUAGAGUUGGAUAAAAAACAGGAACAUCGUGACAAAAAAGGGACACAUUUUCCAUCCAAAAUACUCUUAAUUUCAAAAAUGUUUGAUCAUCUGUAGCAUUGGCUACAAUACAAGUGCUGUAUAUCCUUCUCCUUUUGUGUCAGCAUUCAUUACAGAAAGAAGUGGUAAUUAGACUGGUCCUGUGAGCAACAGUUGCCUAUCUCAGACUGUGUGUGACAGGCCGAGCUGUACGUUUGGAAGUGAGAAGGGAGAAAUCGAGACUCAUCAAAUAAAACCUAAGCUUAUUUCCCUUUUCUUCUAGCUAACAAGUCCAUCCAUUUUUUCAGCGUCUCUACAUUGAGCUCAUGGUCAUUUAUUUCAUGUGUCACUUUAUUUUAAUCCCAGAAUUAUAACUCGAUUCUCAAGUCCUUGUCCAGAAAAAGAGAGAUCGCCCUGAAGCUGGGUGUUGGUAGAGCAAACCUGUGACAGCAUCCCUCCUGCUGGGAGCUCUGCCUGAGCCGGGAACAAAUCAGCCUGGCAGGAUGAACCCUUCUAUAAUUUUGUACUUGGCAGCACAUCACUUGUAAGUGCAUCAACAUGUCUCACUAUGAAUCACUGUAACAAACUUGCUUCUGUUUUACACAAGGUAACGCAUGCUGUAGUCCAUAUGCUAAAUAAAUCCAGAUACACGUCUUAAGAGCACAACAUUAGUAUGAAACCCACAUGCUGCGUUCUGGCUUUUACUGUGAAGGCGGAACAUUUAAGGUGAUUAUGACUCUUUAGAGUACAUUAUCUGAGAUUUUAGUCAAAUUCGUGAAAAUUAUGGAUCGAUUCAAAAGCUGACUGUUUCCAGUGACACAGCUGACAGCUACCAAGUCAGCUAUCACUCCUCUUUUGCAUUUUAACAGCAUGUGCAGUCAACAAGAAAGUUCCAAUAAAAACACUUCGUGCUUUUAUGAAGUCAAAAGAACGUUAGAAUUCCCACUGACAGAGUGGUGCAUGUCUCCAAUAGAGAUCGGCUUGCAUUGCUAUUUGUAUUAACCUGCGUAUACUGCAGAAGUACAGACAGUACAAAUUCAACAGCAAUAGCUGUAUUAAUUUCAAGUAAUAAAUUGUUAGGCUCUCCUUUCCUUUCCUUUCCACGUGCUUCUUAAGGAGUGGAAGGAGUGUCACAAGUGCUAUAGGCAGGCACCACCACCUGCAGGAGGUGAGAAGUGAGCAGCAGCCGAGGGAGGGUUUGGGCAACGAGCAUCACCAGGUAAAGCACACUGGCUUCAGAAAAUUUAAAGCAUUUAUUAGGAAAUAAAAUCACCUGAGUAUAGAAAAAGCUGGGCAACCCUUAAAUGAGGGCUGAUGAGGGGUGGAUCCUGGCUCCAGUCCUUCCAUCACUCAGUACAUUGCAUGCAGCCAAGCUCCCUGGGCUGGCCCUGCCUUCCCACCAGGUGCUGCUUCAGGCCGUGACUCAGCAUUUCUGCUACAGUGCUUUGGAGCAUUGCACUUCUGUGACAGGUGGGGGUUUAGGGAAACUUCCCGUUAGUAGAUACGUGGGACUUGUCUCCAUUUGCUCCUUUUUAUUAUUUCACUGCAAUUCAGAACUGACUUCCAUACUCAGUGGUCUUAGUGGUGUCAUUGAAGAGUCAUAGGCUUUAGCAAGUCUGAUUAAGCAACAACAGUUAUGCAGAACUGAAUCAAGAGUUUGCAUGUUAUCAAGAUACACGUCUGGGAAGGAAAAGCAGCGUGCUGUAUACAUUCAUGACUUGUUUGGGUAGAACUUAACUGUGCACAAAUGGCUGAUACAAAAGCGAAACAAGUUUUGCUGCAGAAGGUUCUCAUUCUUAGCGCUGCAGCUCUCUGUGCGACUGUAACCAGAGUUCGUGGGAGUCUCUUAGUGGACAAAAGCUCACCCUUCAGUUUUCCUCCUUCGCACUGUAGACAGACUGAGCCAAAAUUUGUGUUAGGCCCUUCCCAAAGUGCCUGAAGUCAUGGCCUCAUUGCCUGAAGCCCUAGAUCACCAUUGGCAGAUUUGAAAUCUUCCCAAUUUUUAUUUUUUAAAUAAUUUUUUUUAGAAUGAGGCAGGUUCCUAAUUCAGGUGUCUCAUUUGAAGGUCAGUGUUAGGUCAGAUGAACUGGAGCUGCAUCCUUCAAAUGCAGAGAACCGCCAAUGCCCACCAGCACCAACUCUGUAUUACUUAUCCUUCCCACACCUCGUUCUUGACACGUGGCUAUCAGGGAACAAGGAGUAGUACACAGAGCCUGGUCAAAGAGGUCACCUUGGGCUGUCCAGGAGCAGUGUGAACCAGUGUCAGUGGCGAGCAGAGCGGUUCUUGGCAGUUCGUGCCUAAAAUAGGCAGUUCUUCCCUACAAUAGUUCUGUUCCCCACAGUUACUGACUUUUUUUCCUUUUGGCUUAGUUAAGAAAAAAAGACUUGUAAGUUAAAGCAAGAGGAAAGGAGCAGACCCUUCUUGCAAGAAAGCUGUAAGACUUCACAUUCUUCCCUUAGAUCCACAACAGACUGAAAACUGGACUGGAUACCCACAGUCCUACAGAUGUAACUGACUGUGUUUAAUCGGAAAUUAAAUGAAAAAGUGACAAAUCUGACUCUGAAAACUGGGAGUCUUGUAGUCUCUGCUCAUGCAUCAUUCAGUAGUAUAUAUCCCAAUUUUCUUUGUGUUAACAGUUGCUAUUUCUUCCUUGUGCAAGAUUUAACAGGAAUUUAGUAUUUAUUUAUCCAAAAGAUGAGAAGUGUACCAAAAAUACAGAAAUAAAGCCCAGAGUGCAAUGCCUUCUGAACUGGUGGAACGGUAGCAUCCCCUGGGCCAUCUAGAGAGCAGGACUGCAACCUGCAGAAAGCAGGCAGAACUGAAGGCAUGGGCUAGAUUUCACAACAGGGGAUGAGCAUCACUCCCAACAACAAAAAUACACUCCAAAGGUUCUAUUACUAGCCCAGAAAAAUGCUUAACUCGAGAUUUACCCACUCACUUACCACUUCCUCUGUGAUAUUUUAAUAAGUCAAAUUCAGUAUUUCUAAUGAUCUCAGUGUUGCUAACAUAGAAAUGAUUAUUUAAAGGACUGGAAAGUGGAGAUCAGUUCAGAUCCCAAGUGCCACUCCAGUGAGGCACUUAGCUCUGUGUGCGUUCUGUCUCAUCUCGUGACAUUAGAGUGUAAGUCCUCAGGACAGCGUUCCUCGUUUGGGAUCAGUCAGCAGGACUGUGUAAAAGCACACACCUCAAAUAAAGAUAAAUUCACACCCCACAAAUGAAGGAGAUCAUUGCCUGCACUGCACCGACAAACUUAAAAUGGUCAGUUUGGCUUAAUAAUUAUUAACAAUA